AUGACCCCAAAACUCGAGCGCUUUCUUAAUACAAGUGUCUUCGCCCUCCUCGCCCUCAUCCUCUUUUGUCUAAUCCUACUUACACCGGCCGACGCGAUCUACCAAUGCUGGGAGACCCAACGACUCACAAACAUCUUUUUCAUAACCGGCGCCUAUGUCAUUACCUUCGUUAUUGCGGUCCUCAUCUACGCAACUCGACUAUAUACAAACACAAGUACCUUGGCUGGGAUACCAAAGGCAUGGAUUCCUGUGGAGAAGGAAGACGUGGGUAAGAGCGUACGGCGCAUGGUAAAAGAAGGACUCGCUCGCAGCGCAGUCAUCUCCUACCAGGCCCGACCUCGUGACACAUCUGGCGAAGAAGAUAGCUUUCAGAAUUACGAGCCUCUUCUGAUCGACCCCAAACGGCCGCCAUGGGGUCUCGUGGAGCAUCCUGGCUGGUCAUCACCUGCUUCGCCCGACCUGCCGGAUCUCCCCUAUCGCACCGUCAUUCAGGAACUACCGAAUUUGAUUGAAGCGAAAGCGGUCUCUUUAGCACCAGCAGGUCUUUUGUCAUCUACGGUUACGGACCAUUUCCAUCAUGCCGACCCUCCGGGAAUCCAGUCUUUACCCGAUAUGCGUGUGGUGGAGGCAUUGCGGCGCCCGGCCUCAAUGGGACUCCGCCAAUACAUUAGACGUCUAACAUCACUGGAGGCUAUCGAAUCUCCGGAACUCGCCGCGGAUUUCCUUGCCGUGUACGAGCGGGCCCGGUUUUCCUCUCACCAGCUUCACGAGACUGAAUUUCGCGAUCUAAUGCAUCUCUUUGCGGAGCUUCUCAGAGGAAUGACAUGCAUUGCGCCGCCUAUCAUAGACGAUAUCCGUGGCAACAUGAGUGAUCGUUUCACAGACACAGAAUCUGUCAUCGGCCCCUCAGACGAAGAAGGAGAGACGGAUACAGUGGACCACUUCGGGUACGAUGGAACCUUCACUCCGAUGCGGAGUAACAGUCCCCUGCCAUCUAACGCGUCAACUUGGGAGACGCAAUCGGGCCAAUCGGGGUAUGACACUGCGCCCGGAGUACAAAGCCCAUAUUCCGGAAUAUCACAAGAAAGCGGGUCUUAUUUUGGGCGGGGACUCCGCACACCGUCGACUCGAUCACUGCGCCGAGUACCUUCUGGGCAAUCCGGCAGUUCUGGAGGCAGUGUGAUCCGACUCUCACAACCCCAUGAUCGGGGUAAUUUACCGUAUACUAUCACCUACGCCGGUGGUAGGAAUGGUUAA